CCGUCGAGUGGCGUCGAGUGUUGCCGGUCGGAUGUCCGCGGAGGGCGGCGGCUACUCGCCGUGUCCGGCGGAGGCGCUGCCGGAGCUGAGCGCAGCCGAGCUGGCGAUGAGCCUGUCGCCCAAAUCGGUGCUGCAGCAGAACCUGUCGCAGCUGCAGCUGCAGCACUCAACGCCCUUCUCCGUCACCGACAUCCUGUCGCCCAUCGAGGAGUACCGCAAGCUGGAGCUGGCCAACAACCCGCCGUCGCCGUACAGGUCAAACUCGUCCGGGAGUAGUAUAAACUCUCCACUCGGACCAACGGCGUCGUGCGGCAUGGCGGCCAAUCCGUACGCUGUCCCGCUGUACAGCGGGGCGCCCAUGCAAGGCUACGGCUGUGCCCCGGCGGAUCUGCCCCACUACGGGGACAUGCGUGGAGCCAGCUGGUACCCCGCGUCGAACGACCCCAGGUUUGCCAUUUCCAGGCUAAUGACGUCGACGGGUGGCGGCAUGGGGCACGUCAACAACAUGGGAGGAUUGGCAGCGUGUGCGGGGCCCGACGCUAAGCCCAUGCAGUUCCCGCUGGCGCAGCGGAGGAAACGGAGAGUACUGUUCACGCAGGCGCAGGUGUACGAGCUGGAGCGACGGUUUAAACAGCAGAAGUACCUGUCGGCACCCGAGAGGGAGCACCUCGCCUCACUCAUACACCUCACGCCGACACAGGUCAAAAUAUGGUUCCAGAACCAUCGCUAUAAGUGUAAGCGGCAGGCCAAGGAGAAGGCAAUGGCGGAGCAGAACCAACACAACCAGUUUCUUCAACAGUCGGCGUCAUCGCCGCGGAGGGUGGCUGUACCGGUGCUUGUCAAGGAUGGCAAACCGUGCGGAUCCGGGGAGUCUUCGUCACCAGCCCACAGCCACUGUGCCACCCCAACCUCUGGGUACUCCGGCCCCCAACCCUCGCAGGCAGCUUGCAGCAACCCCCUGGUCUCAUCGUACCGCCAGCCCACAGCCUACCAACAACAAUGCUCAGGGUACCUUCCACUUCAGGGCAGGGCCUGGUAGAAAUUCCCACAGCUUUACCACGAGACAAUGUUCAAAGAAGAGAUGUAUUUCGAUUAACCUAACUAUAAUUUUAAAUUUGAGUUUGUCUUAUUUGGCUUUUAAAUUAGAGUUGCCAUGUUUUGAAAACUCCCUGUUUUAUGUCAUUAAAAAGUUUUGUUGCUCCAGAUUAAUACAACGCAAUUGUUUCUAUUGACUUAAUCGUAUCUUGUUUAA